AUUUUGCCACGACACUGGAUACCGCAUUUCUUUUUUCCUCGCUUGAAAAAUGUUGUUGUAUAUUCCGAGAUUUUAAAUAAGCACAUGAAAAUAGUGGUGACCGAACGCACAUGCCGCCUGAUUGAUAAGCACUUUGGCCUGGAUUCAUAUUUGCUGGAAACUCCCGAAAUUGAUAUUGCUUCCAGACUUGGAAACAGGCUGAAGCGUGAAAUAUUGCUGACGUUAGCAAAGGAUACUUAUUAUCCCGACGACCAGGAAAGGCAUGAUUUUAUAAAACGAAAAUAUGCGAAGUUUGUGAUACCGGUAGAGGAAGCUGAAUGGAUUGGCUUGGAUCUGAAUGAAGCCUGCAGGAAGCAGCAAGAAAUAGAAGAAAGUGUUAAACCGGAACCGGAGAAGUACAAAUUCGAAUUAGAACUGGUAAAACGCCUAGCGAGUGGUGAUGAGGAUCCAGAUAAAGAUGAAAUCGUUAAAGAAUUGGAAUCAGAAUCAGUAGUUGCUGAAAAAGCGAAGAAAAUGAUGAGAAGCGCCAAGAACUUAAUCAGUCGGGCUCGACAAGUGCGUUGA